AUGGCAUCAUCACCUUUGGGAGGCAUUUUGACGACGUCGUUGGUGGCUGUCCUUGUGGUGGUACUGUUGCAGCUGCCUCAGGAUGCCCAUGGCUCCGGCCACUACAUUAGGAGAGGCCUCAUCACCGGGUCCGGUCCUUUCCACCCCGAUGCCUCUAACAAGCAUCAUAGACCCCCCUUCAAGCCUGGCCCUUGGACGUCUGCUCAUGCUACCUUCUAUGGAGGCAGCGAUGGCUCCGGCACCAUGGAGGGUGCAUGUGGGUAUGAAGACCUGAAGGAACAAGGGUACGGGCUACAGACAGCAGCGCUGAGCCAGGCACUGUUCAACCAGGGGCAGACGUGCGGGGCAUGCUACGAGAUUAAAUGCGUGGACGACCCCCAGUGGUGCAAGCCCGGCCAGCCUUCCCUGUUCAUCACAGGCACCAACCUCUGCCCCCCCAACUUCGAACAGGCCAGUGACAACGGAGGCUGGUGCAAUCCCCCCCGCGAACACUUCGACAUUGCUCAGCCUGCUUUCCUUCAGAUUGCCGAGUACAAGGCUGGCAUUAUUCCUAUUCAAUACCGAAGGGUUCCAUGCAAGAAGGAGGGAGGAAUCAGGUUCACGAUCACCGGGAACCCCUACUUCAACAUGGUGUUGGUGUGGAACGUGGGUGGAGCGGGAGACGUGACGAGCGUGCAGGUGAAGGGCGACGACAAGCUGAAGUGGACGACACUGAAGAGGAACUGGGGACAGAAGUGGGUGACCGACGCCAUGCUGGUUGGGGAAUCCCUCACCUUCAGAGUCCAGGCCAGCGACGGCCGCUUCUCCACCUCCUGGCACAUCGCCCCCAAGAACUGGCAGUUUGGUCAGACCUUCGAAGGCAAAAACUUCAAGUAG